AUGCGUUUCACUGCUGCUUUCAUUUCGACGCUCGUGCUCUCCAGCACCGCGCUGGCCAGCCCGGCCACUCAAGUGUCCUCGUCCGUAGGAGCUAGUCCGUCUGCACAGGCAGAUGGAAAUAAGCAGGAUGUUGCACCACCUAGUGCCAACAAUGAGGAUGCAUCUGGCGCCGCGAACUCUGUUAUUCAACUCCCAGAGAACAUUGCAAACACCGCCGCCCAGCAGGAUACACAGACCGCAACCCACGCGGCUCCAACUGCAACUGCUUUGGCCGCCGACCCGAGCAGCAGCAACGAUGACAAGGAUAAUGUCCCGGUCGACACAAUGAGCGCGUCCCAGAAGGACACCCAGAGUGCCGCGCCAUCUGCCAACUCAGACCCCUUAGGUGUGAACAGCCUCUUACCGACAGGAAGUGAUACUUCAGGAAGCACUGCUCCUAAGGCUGACCAACGUACCGGCUCAGCUUCUGGUACUCAGGGCACAGCAACCGUCACCCAGACUGCAAAGUCUGGCGAAAGCACCCAGAACUCCUUCACCGGAGGCGGCAGCACAGAAUCGAACCCUCUGUCCCUGGAUGGUACUUUCUUGGACUCGUUCUCGGACUUUGUGAAGUUCCUUGAUGGCGCGAAGGGCCUGCUUUCCCCGACUCUGUUGUCGGAUAUCGAGUCCUUCUUCCAUCACGUUGCCUAUCUCCUUGAUGACAAGACCACGCAGCAAACCAAAGACUUGCUGGGCACUGUAUCCGGCCUCCUCACCCAGAGCUUGAUCACGAAGAUUACUGGCCUGCUCGACAACGCCAGCGAUCUCUUGACUGCUGAGUUUGUCAAAGAGACCAAGGGGUUGAUCAAGGCUGUGGCUCCUAUGGUUACUCCUGAGUUGUUCAAGGAGAUCAACAGCCUACUUGGCAACGCCAACCAUCUCCUGACCGCCGAUUUCGUGAAGGAGACCAAGGACUUGAUCAACGCCGUGUCGCCUGUCCUCACUCCUGAUCUGUUCAAGGAAAUCAACAGUCUCCUGCACAAUGCCAACAACCUCCUCACUGCUUCGUCUGUGAAGGAGAUCAACAGCCUUUUGACCAACGCCGGUGGUCUGCUCACCCCUGACUUCGUAAAGGAGACCAAGAGCCUCAUUGGCGCUGUUGGUCCUAAUAUCACCCCUGAGUUGUUCAAGGAGAUCAAUAGUGUUCUUGGAAACGCUAACAACCUCUUGACACCCUCGACCGUCAAGGAAAUUGGCGGCCUCCUCGGCAACGCCAACGAUCUCCUCACCCCGGAUUCCGUGAAGGAAAUCGGUGGCCUCUUAGGCAGCGCCAGCAGUUUAUUGACGCCAGGGUUCGUAAACGAGACCCAGGGCUUGAUCGGUGGCGUGUCGAAGUAUCUGACCCCAGACGUCCUGGCCUCCAUCGGUUCUCUCCUGGGCAAUGCCAACGACCUGUUGACACCGGAGUCGGUCAAGGAGAUCAACGGCCUGCUGGGCAACGCCAACGACCUCCUCACUCCAGAGUCAGUCAAGGAGAUCGGCGACCUGCUCACCAGCGCCAGCGGACUACUCACACCGAAGUUCGUUCACGAGACCCAGGGCCUGAUCGAUCUGGUUUCGCCAGCUAUCACGCCUCAGCUCUUGACCAACGUCUCGUAUCUGCUCGGGAACGCUACUGGUUUGCUGAACCCGUCCUUCGUCAACGAUACUCGCACUCUUAUCACUGAUGUCUCGCCUGCCAUCACACCCAACCUGCUCGCCGAAGUUGGUGGUCUCCUCAACAACGCUGGAGAUCUCCUCACGCCCAAGUUCGUGAACGAGACCCAGACCCUGAUCGAGGAUGCUGCGGAUAUUCUUCCACUCGUGAUGAAGCUGCUCGGGUCUUUGUAA